AAUAUUCCCCACACCAAUAGACGCCACGCUCGUGGGUGUGAAUCAGAUUUCUGCAGUCUCUUCAUCGUGGUUGUGGGUGGUUGUGGAGUUUGGCCGCUCUACAUAAUCUGAAGCAAAUAGAGAAUGUGAUGUGACAUUUAUUCUCCUGCGAGAUCAUCGUUGUGCUAUUUGCCUGCGUUAAUGCUACAGUGAAAGAGGGAGAGUGGGCGGAUCAUUACGCGUCUCGUCGACAGGUCGAUGAUCAACAAGCGCGCGUCCCGCAUAAGUUCGAAGGGCGACGGUGAAGGGCCAAGAUGCUGAGAUUCCUGUCGCGGCGAAGGGCUCGCAGUGUCGGCGGCCAGACCACUUCGUCGCAGAUUAAAAAUCAGAGAUUACCUAGCAAUAAGAAUGUUGUGCAGUGUAGGGUGGUGUUGCUGGACGGCACGGAUUUGCCGAUAGAACUAUCAAAAAAAGCAUUGGCUAGUGACUUAUAUGAGCAAGUAUUUUAUAGUCUAGAUUUAAUAGAAAAGGAUUAUUUUGGAUUGCAAUACACAGAUAGCAAUAAUGUUCAACAUUGGUUGGACCCAACAAAACCUAUCAAAAAGCAAGUCAAAAUUGGACCACCAUACACGCUCAGGCUAAAAGUAAAAUUCUAUUCUUCGGAACCAAAUACGUUGCGUGAAGAAUUAACACGGUAUCAAUUCUUUUUGCAAUUGAAACAAGAUGUUCUGGAAGGCAAGCUUCACUGUCCUCAUCAGAUUGCAGUUCAAUUGUCUGCUCUUGCCCUUCAAUCUGAAUUGGGAGACUAUGAUCCUGGUAUGCAUACCGCUGCGACGGUCUCGGAAUUCCGUUUUGUGCCAGGUCAAACAGAACAGCUGGAACUGGAAAUACUGGAAGAGUAUACCAAGUGUUCCGGUCUCAGUCCCGCUCAGGCGGAAUCCGCUUAUCUCAGUAAAGCCAAGUGGCUAGACAUGUACGGGGUUGACAUGCACAUCGUUCUCGGCAAGGACGCCUGCGAGUACUCUUUAGGAUUAACUCCAACCGGGAUCUUGGUUUUCGAAGGCAACCAGAAAAUAGGCUUGUUCUUCUGGCCGAAGAUCGGCCGUUUGGACUUCAAGAAGAAGAAAUUGACCCUGGUGGUGGUCGAGGAAGAUGACGAAGGCCGGGGCGAGCAGGAGCAUACUUUCGUGUUUAGACUAGUGAACGAGAAGGCCUGCAAGCACCUGUGGAAAUGUGCGGUGGAGCAUCACGCCUUCUUCCGUUUGCGCGCGCCGGUCAAGGGCGCCAGCGGCCGUCAGAACUUUUUCCGCAUGGGCUCGCGUUUCCGUUAUAGCGGCAAGACGGAAUUCCAGACGACGCAGCUAAAUCGAGCGCGCCGGACCGUGCAAUUCGAACGACGACCAAGUCAGAGAUACGCGCGGCGGCAGAGUCACGUGCUUCGCGAGAGACAGCGUCAACAGCAGCAAGUGGAGCAACCGCAGCCAUCUCCGCCGCCAGCGGAAGAAGAAUCUUUGCAACGUCAGCCGAGUCGAUCCAGUACAAAGUCUUCAGAUUCCUCGAGCGUUCAGGGCACCUCCUCGUCGCCUCUGGUGGACUCCCUCUUGAAGUCUCUCGCCAAAGAUCAACAGCCUCUGGAAGCCAGGAACCAGACGACAGUCAUUAAUAGUGAGAAAGAAUCAGAGCCUAUGAAGACCAGCUUGACGGUCGAGACUAUCGCCAGUCAAGUGCAGCUAGUGCCUAAUAAUCAAGUAGGAGGCACGUCGUCGUUGCCUCCUCGAACGCCGAUUCCACCGGAAUCUCUAAAGUGCAAUAUACUAAAAGCGACUCUUGAGCAGGGUAAAAAUUCCAAUUUGGUUUCCAUCACGUCUAACGACGGACCUGGAGUGAUCGGAAAGAAGAAUCAGCAUUCCGACGCGGCGACCAUCGUUUCUGUGGGCGGCGAUAAACUGACUCUAUCCGUGAGCGGAGCGACGACAGCGGUGAAUCCUACGGACGAUGCUGUAACUGUAACGCAUUUUUCACUGGACAGCUGGGGUCAGAUCGAACAAAAGACAACACCGUUAAGUCCGAAAGUAUCGAAUCAAUCGCAGAAUCCUUUCAAUCCAUUCACCAACGAUACUAGCAACGACGCGCCUAACACGCCCGAAGCUUCCGAGGAGGAAGCGAAGCCGGAAGAUGAUAAAAAGAAGAAUACUAAUCCGUUUAUAGAUUCGAAUCCGUUCUUGGGUAUACUUAAUCCCUUCAAGGAUCUACAACCAGUCGCGACGGAGAAAAAGGUCGAGGAGAACACGGAAAAUGCCGCGACAACGCGAGUCGUUAAAACCGAAGAGAUACAGACAACUACUACCACGCUCACACACAAGGACGAGAGCCAAGCGGCGUCGGACAUUAGCCCGUGGCUGGUAGCAGACCCGUCGCAGAGCCCAACACCUGAUCAAAUACCAACUAAGCAUACAGUUGUCACGAGAAAGACGGUAAUUACCACACAGUUAUAAAAUAUUUAUUGAAUACAAAGGGAAUAAUGUGUCGAUUUACAAUACGCGGGAAAAUAGCACCAACGUAUAUAUUUAUAACUCUGGUCUUCCUCGGAUUGCCUACAUCUUUUUUUACUCGAGACGCUUACAGAGCGCAUGAUUUCAGUACAUGCCAAUUAAGAUCGGACACGUGAAAGUAUUUGUUAAAAAAAUACUUCUUAUAAAAGGGUCCUAAAUUACUUAAGUAUAAAAGCAGACUACGAUUGGGAAGGCGUCGCUUACACUCAUUGCUACGAAUAUUUGUGUCAGAUAGCGAUGAUCGUUUAUACGCCGAUUAGUUUCACGAGGCAAUUUUUUUUUGUUACAGCACCGUAAAAGUUUCUCUUAAUUGUACGAUGCAUUUAUCUUAAAGUUACGUGUUAAUGAAACAAGUGCCCUUACAGCCUGCCAAUAUAUGUUAUAAGUACAUACGAGAAGUCUAAUCGUUUCAAUCACAUUUUCUACGCUUUUCUGCAAUUUUGCGUUCUCUCUCCCCUCCGCCUGCAACGCGUGGGCGUGCAUACGUUUCGCUUCAAGUGCAGAAAACAAUAGGAUGCAGCUAAAACAAAGGUAUCUAAACAUAGAUCGCGCAGCGCCGUUGACAUUAAAACAACGUGGCGAAAGAAUGUUAAUCUAUUUCGACGAUUUAUAUAUAUAUAUAUAUAUAUAUACAUUUACGCGCGCAAGACAUCCCUGAAUAUUAAAUCUAUGCAUUUAUAAUGUAGCAUUUUUAAACUACUAGCUAUUGUGCCUUCGAAUUUAACAGAGACGAAUAUGCAAUACGAAUAUUAAGGAAAAAGUAUGAAAUCUUAUUUCCUGUGACUGAUUAAAACUAUAAGUAUUACAUUACCGUUACAAUAUCUUAUAAAUUAUAUAAGAUAUAAAUUAUAUCUUAUAAAUUAUAUAAUAAUUGUAAGUAGAUCUGACCAAAAGUUUUGGGAACACUUUAAUCGGCGCGGAAUUAUAGGUUCGAUCUAUGAUCGAUCGGUUUAAUAAUGUAUCUAAAUCUAUUCCCGUUCAAAAUUUGUUGACGAUGUAUUUAUUUAUUAUAAUAAUGACAAUAAAAUGAUUAAUAUGUGUCACCGCCAGUCUUAGAUAAAGCACAAUUUGUGCUGGAAUAAUGCAGCUAUAACGAUAUUUCGUAUUUAAUAUUCCAUGCCUGCAAAAGCGAAAUUAUUGUAUAUAACAGAGUAUAUAAUUCUCCUGAGAUACCUUUUUUAUAAUUUGUUCCUCAUAUAUUGUUCUACAUGCCAUAAUUUUGAUACUUAAUUUCUCUGAUUGAGAAAAUAGAUAUAUCACUAUGUUAUGUCGUUCUUAGUUAUAUAUACAGGAUGUCCCAGUUUCGGUUCACAUAUGAUUGUGGCAUUCCAUUGUCCUGCGUAACAACGACAUAGCUGCCGCUUCAAAGUGAUAUGACAUUUUUACAUUAGUACUUAAUGCAAGCGAUGCAUUUAAUUACAAGCGGGACCAUCAAUGUACUUAAUUAGCGAAUGUUCGUAAUAAAGUAGAGAGGAAGCAGAUGUCCUCUUUUAACUGUUCAAUUUUAUGUUGCAAUUUUAUGUUGGGUUUCCGUAAAUCUACAUAUAUUGUAUUUAAUAAUGUAAUAGCAUUCAGCAUUAUUGCAACAUAUUUGAUUGAAUAUUUUUAUUGUAUUUAAUGUCAAGAAAAAAUGAGCGACAUAUCUAUAUAUACUAUAAUUUCAAAGCUAAUAUAUCUACAUUUAUAUAUAAAUAUAUAUUUACAAUAUUGUAAUGAAUCGAUACCCUGAUAUAUUCCGUCCUAAAGUGUCCUAUACACUCAAUGUUAUGUAAUUAUGAUUUUUGCUUUUUAAUAAAAGAAACAUAUUAUUAAUUAACGCUUAUUGUAUUUAUCCCGCGAUUCAUAUAUCAUAAAAUCCUCGCUAAAGAAAAAAUAUCACACAUAUCUGAAGAUUACCAAGGAGUAUUUUUAUAAAUCACAAGAUUUAGUAAAUAAAUCUUACGUUUUAAUAAUAAAUUUAUUCGAAAAUUUUUUCACACAUAAAAAAAUAAUUAGUAAUUAUAUUUUGAUUUUUGAAAACACUAAUAGGGAGCAUUUCUUUACGUUAUAAAGUUUAAUUUAGUAAAUAAAUAAAUUGAACUAUAAAUUUGCUAAAACGCAUAAAUGCCCGUACUGUGUAAUGAUAGCGUUUAACAAAAGUCUUAAUAAGAUAAAAAGUGAUAUAAGUAAACUGCCGUUUAUAAAUUGUUUUGAGACAUUCUACACAUAUUUAUUCAAUAGAUUUAGAAUUCUAUCGAUUAUACUAAAUAUAUAGUUUAAUCAACAAUCGCGUAUUCUCUCACACAACUGGUCAUACAGAUUAUCUUUUCUUCAAAAUACUCUCUUCAGUAUUUGUCUCUAAAUAAUUUUUUUCAAAUCGUCUAUUUGCACUGACAUUAUGAAUUGACGUAAAUUGGAUUAUUGAGUUCAGGAUACUGCGAUAUAUAAACUAUACGUCUUGAGAGAGAUUCCUCCCGUUUUAGCACAUUUCGGUACUGGUUCGGUAGUAAAAAGAAAAAUAUUGACAAACAUUUGCAUUCGUAAAUGCGUUAAUAUUUACAUGGAAUGUCACUUCGACGUCAUUAUGUCUCAAGACGUCUCGUCUCGCUAAUUAAAGAUUAUUGCACGAUUUGCGCGACAAGGCAUUUGUUCUCCGUCAAUUCACUGAGCAGAUGAACACGUUUAACGCUUGUUAUCUUA